UUCAGUGUAUAUCGACGCCGUUCGGAGAUGUCAAGCCACGCAAUCGCGUAGCCAUGAACAUUCCCAGCAUUUUGAAGUGGCCAAGUAAUGAAUCGUGAAGAAACGAGGCACCAUGGAGGGAGUUCUUUAUAAAUGGACCAAUUAUAUCAGUGGUUGGCAGCCACGCUGGUUUGUGUUAGCCGGAGGUACACUUUCAUAUUAUGAUUCCCAAGAAGAUGCCUGGAAAGGAUGCAAGGGAAGCAUCAAAAUUUCCGUAUGUGAAAUACAAGUGCACUCAUCAGAUUCCACAAGAGUGGAUCUGACCAUACCAGGAGAACAGUACUUCUACCUCAGGGCCAUUAAUGCAGCAGAGAGACAGAAAUGGCUGGUAGCUUUAGGAACAGCUAAAGCCUGUCUGACAGACAACCGGACCAAGAAAGAGAAGGAACUUCAGGAAAACACAGAGGCACUGAAAACCAAGAUGUCGGAACUCAGGCUGUACUGCGACCUUCUCCUCGAACAGGUGAACAAAAUCAAGGAGAGUCGUUUGGCUGAACCAGCAGCUGGCUCUUUAGAGGCAGGGGGAGGAACAGGCAGUCUGGUGAAGUCCACAUGCGCUACAUUCCUGAAGACUCUAGAGGAGUGCAUGCAGAUAGCCUGUCACACAUUCAGUCCAGACCUGCAGAACCUCAGCCCACCAGAGACGCCACCUGUUGCUGCUAUUAAACCUCACAAGAUCAAAUCUUCUAACCACAAAAGUCACCAUUUGGAAGAAAUACAAAAGCGCUCUGUAAAUAGUUUAUCUACUGCACUAGUACCUGAGAUUGAGAAGUCAGGACCAGAUCUCUCUCCAUUACUUACAGAAAACAUACCAGAAUCUUCAGCAGAGAACAGCAUAGUGGAGGAAGAAUGUGAACACCAAGUAGGAAUCCAGAGUUCGUCCCAAUCUGAUCUUCAGGAUCCUGGUAAAGGUGAACUUUCCAAAGUGGAGGCAGGAGGAGACAUGUAUCCAGAACUAUCAUGCGCAUUAGAGAAACAACAGGAAAAGGAACCCAUCCCGGAGGAAUGCCAAGAGGCUGACCCAGACGUGCAUGAGCUCGAGUCUGAGGGUAAACAGGAAAAAGAUCAUCAGGUGGAAACCUUCUUCAGUAGUAUGAGCCACAGAUUUAGUGAUAUAAGACUGGAGGACGACAGUGGUAUCCCCACACAAGCCUUUUUGGACUCUUGCUAUGCUAUAGUACCAGUAUUAGACAAGCUGGGACCAACAGUCUUUGCUCCAGUUAAAAUGGAUUUUGUGGGAAACAUUAAGAAAGUGCAGCAGAAGUUACAGUCCGAUCCAGACAGCUUCCCCACCCUGCAGAGCAUCGUGCUCCAUGAAGUGCAGAUGGAAGUGGCGCAGGUGCGAAACUCGGCCACUGAGGCGCUGCUGUGGCUCAAACGAGGAUUAAAAUUCCUCAAAGAGUUCCUCUCCGAGGUGAAUUCUGGAGAGCAGGACAUCCAUGCAGCGUUGAACAAUGCCUAUGGAAAGACACUACGCCAGUAUCAUGGAUGGGUUGUGCGUGGAGUCUUUGCUCUGGCGCUGAGGGCCGCACCUUCCUACGGCGGUUUCAUGGCGGCGCUGGUGUGCCAUGAGGGAGAUGAGCUGAAGGAGGAUUUUAUGUCAGGAAUGCACAGCGAUCUUGCCGUCUACCUACCAGCCAUGGAGAAGCAGCUGGCCAUCCUGGAUGCUCUGUAUGAGGAGUAUGGCCUGGAGUCGGAUGAAGUGGUGUGAAACACUCAUGAGCACUCAGUUAAAGUUAACUCAGGCUGCAGUGGGAAUACUGUGGUGUGUGUGAGAGCCUGAUUAAGGGAUAAGCAGGCCUGGUGCGUAUGGGAAGAGCAAAAGCGCUGUGGCAACACUGGACUUCUACAGCACGCAUUAAUGCUGUAAAGGUGCAGCCAACUAUAUUCUCAAUAAGGGGCCAAAAUUUACAAUUUUAUAGGCUGUUAAGGUUUUUUCAGGGAACAAAAGUUUAUCAGUAGGUGGCAGGGUGUAAGUGUUUAUGGCAGUUGGUAACUAGGUUUGUUUCAUUUAUCAAAACACGCACUUAAAAAAUGAGCAUACAGUAUACGUUUUUACAUUUUAACACAUGUGCUAAGUAUACAAAGCUGUCAGUAGGUAUGCAAGCCACAGUAUUUGAAUUUGUGCGUUGCAUGUCGAUUUUUUAAAUUUCAUAGAUCCUUAUUUUUUCUCUUCGUGUUUCGGAUAUUCCGUUAAUAGCAAUAACAGCCAGUUAGAAACACAUCCCAUGCCAUUGGCAAGCACAAGGAACAAAAUAUCUGCCUAGUUUUAGAGAUUGUAACAAAGACCCUGCAUUACUUAUGUCUAGCAUGCAUGAGCAAGGUAAAGGUAAUGACCAGGGUGAGUAUUUGAACUGGAAAUCAUUUAUAGAGCCAGUGCAUAGAGCGUAAUACAUAGGAUAAAAUGAAGGGAGAAAAAAAUCUUUUAAAAUAUCUCUAACCCUUUUGUAUUGAGCACAGUUCGUAUUUUUUAUUUAUGAAAGCCACUUUUGUAUGUUUUUCUAAUAAUUGUAUUUAUUAAAUUAUUUACAAAAGUAACAAAAAAAAAAAAAAAAGAGUAUGUUUACUUGUUAAUGUAGCCAAAUGAACAGUACUGAACUGUGCAUGUUAUAUUGCAUGGAUUUGGUUUUAGUUUUGUUUUUGUGUAAAAAUUAACAAUAACAAUCAAAACAAUCAAAACUAAAAUAACUCGAAUCUUAGAAUUAGGUCUCGUAAGUUAAACUUGAUGUGAGCUCCUGUUGAGGCUCUGGAAAGCCAGGCAAAGCACACAAGUUACUUAAUAUACUCAUUUUACAAAGAAAAAAAAAUAUUGUACCUAAUAUUGAUUGUUUUGGUCAGUAAUAUAUUUUACAUUUAGUCACUUUGACCCUGAAGAACAUUCUAAACUCUCGUGUUAUUCUCAAGCUUUCAAGUUAUGCGAACUACAAAUAUUAGACAGGAUAAGGAUUAUUUUAUGUUGACACUUGUUGUACGGAUUAUUAUUAUUAUUAUUAUUAUUAGCCAAAUUAAUUAGUGGUAAUAAUGCCAUACUACAGUAAUUUAUACAUUCAUGACCCUUGUAGUGUACUCAGAUGAUAUUUCACUGACGGUAAAGAUUGUGCAUAGUUUUUGUCUUAUGUGUGAUCUGAUCUUACAUUGGGGGGGGGGGACAAGGCUGACUGUAUAAUCUUAAUGUAUAGGUGUAUUAAUAAAUAAACCAAAACAAUCCAAAAUUGUCCAAAGCUAAAGAAUGUGAUGCAGUGACAUCUGACUUUGCUCUCAUCUUCAAAUAAAUUUCUAAUGAAUGAUCAUAUAAACUCA